UGCGCGCGCCAUGCUGCUGUGCGAGCUGUGCGGCCAGGCGCUGCGCACGGAGCCGGAGAUGAGGCGCCACCUGCUGCGCGCGCACCUGGAGUGCGAGUCCCGCUGCCCGCUCUGCUCCUUCUCCGCGCCCGGCUACGACGAGCUGCGCGCUCACGUGGACAGCGCGCACCCCGAGCCGGGCCCCGCCCCCACUGGCGGCCCGCCCCAGUGUCCCUUCUGCGGGGAGACCGGCUCCUCGGGCCGCCAGGUGGAGGCGCACGUGAGGUCCCGGCAUGGCCACCUCCUGGACCCGCCGGCCCCGGGAAAUGGACAACAGCUAUAUGAAUGUCCAAUGUGUGAUCUUGUCUGUGCAAACUGUCAGAUUCUCCAGGAACAUGUGGACUUGCACUUAGAAGAGCACCGCUUUUCAGAAGUAGAUAUAAAUGCAGGUGGAUGUUUAAGUGAUUUGGUACUGGCUCAGCAGCUCCAGAAUGAAGAAGACAGACAGCAAGGAUUAGAAGAAAGAGAAGAAUUCCAAAAACUGCAGAGACAAUAUGGAUUGGAUAGUGCUGGAGGCUACAAGCAGCAGUCACUAAAGAAUAUGGAAAGGGAAGUAGCUAGGGGAAGGAUGCAGCCUUCUGAAUAUCAUAAGAGAAAAGCUGACAUGAUGGAAUCUUUGGCUUUUGGAGUAGAUGAUGGGAAAACAAAGACCUCGGGAGUCAUUGAAGCACUUUGCAGGUACUAUCAAAAUGAAAUCAAAGAUGUAAGACGCGUAUGGCUUUCUACAGGAGUGGAUCACUUCCACUCAUCUUUGGGAGACAAAGGUUGGGGUUGUGGCUACAGGAACUUUCAAAUGCUGCUUUCUUCGUUAUUGAGCAACAGCAUGUAUAACGACUGUUUGAGAGAUAUUACUUUAAUUCCUUGUAUUCCAAAAAUUCAGUCCAUGAUUGAAGAUGCUUGGAAAGAAGGUUUUGAUCCUCAAGGAGCAUCUCACUUCAACAAUAGAUUACAUGGUACCAAGGCAUGGAUAGGAGCAUGUGAAAUUUAUUCUCUGUUAACCAGUCUCAGAUUAAAGUGUCAAAUCAUUGACUUUCACAAGCCAACUGGCCCCUUGGGUACACACCCUCGUUUAUUUGAAUGGGUUUUGAGCUACUAUUCUUCAAACAGAGAAGGUGGUACAAAGGUUGUGUGUACCCCCAAACCACCUAUCUACAUGCAGCACCAAGGGCAUAGCCGUACUAUUGUUGGAAUAGAAGAGAGGAAGAAUAGAACAUUAUGUUUACUAAUAUUUGACCCAGGAUGUCCAUCCCAAGAAAUGCAGAAACUGUUAAAACAAAGCAAUGAUGAUACCAGUCUCAAACUACUUCGGAAAUUUGUGGGUAGUUUAAAAGAUAAACAGUACCAAAUAGUGGCUGUAGAUGGCAAGCUCUCACCAGAGGAGAAAGUUGUUCGCUGCCAGGCUUCUCAACUGUUCACAGCAGAGAGGAUUCCUUAAAGGGUGGCCUAUUUACUACUUUUCUCUGGAACUCCGUGGAUG